ACAACUGCCAAUCAAGAGAAAGGCGUAGUUAGGUUGCGAGUGAGGCUGGUUUUAGUCGGAAGUAGUUAACUGUUAUUGUUGUGAGUGGAGACAUGUAGCGGUUGAAUUUAAAUCAUCUUUAUUUUUAAAACGUUUAUUUGUAGUUAAUACCAGGCGGUAAGUUACCUGCAAAGCUCAAAAGCACAGGGGUGUGAUGAUGAAUUUUGAUGGGCUGGACCCAGGAAUGGGGGACUACCCCCCUGCUCUUCACGCAAGUCUGGAUCCAGGCAUGGAGCAGUCCCUGGACCCCCGGCUUGACCCGUCCCUGCUUCAGAGUGUGGAGCUCGACCCUGCCGGGCUGCCUGUGCCAGUGCAGGGGUCUGACUCGGUUCACCUGCCGGAGGGCAUGUACUCCGAGCUGCACAGUGUGGUAUCGGAGGGGGGGGUGCCGGUCUGUGCCUCCCACUUCGACUUGCAGGAGGAGCUGCUGUGGAUUGGAAACCACAGGGGCCAUGCCACCUCCUUCUUCGGCCCCACGAUGGGCCGCUACUCCUCCUUCCAGGUGCACGCCUCUGAUGACAUCCGACAGAUCCACAGCAUGGAGAGCGGAGUGCUGUUCCUGUCCAAGAGCAACCUGAAAUGUGUGACCCGCGGGGGGCUCGUCAUGUUCGAUUACCUGAUGGAGGAAUCUGCAGACAUGCACAGCCUGCUCCUCACAGACAAUACCACAGCGCUGGUGGGAGGGCUGCAGAAUUACGUGACGCAGAUCGACCUCAACACUGUGCAGGAGACACAGAAGUUCUCUGUGGAGGUUCCUGGGGUGGCCAUCAUGAGGCAUUCCAACCGAUUCUUCUUCUGUGGCCACACGUCUGGAAAGGUGUCUCUGAGAGACCUGCGCUCCUUCACGCUGGAGCAGGAGUUCGACGCGUACUCGGGCAGCCUGUCUGACUUUGACGUGCACGGAAACCUGCUGGUGACCUGCGGCUUCUCCAGCAGGAUGAGCGGGCAGGCCUGUGAGCGCUUCCUCAUGGUCUAUGACCUGCGCAUGAUGAGGGCCAUCUCCCCCCUCCAGGUGCACGUGGACCCCCUCUUCCUGCGCUUCAUCCCCACCUACACCUCCAGACUCGCCAUCAUCUCACAGACUGGGCAGUGUCAGUUCUGUGAGCCCACAGGCCUGGCUAACCUGGCUGAUGUGUUCCAUGUGAACACGGUGGGACAGCUCAUGAGUUUCGACGUGUCCUCCAGCAAGCAGGCGCUGGCUUUCGGAGACUCUGGGGGCUGUGUGCACCUGUGGAGCGACUCGGCCGAGGCCUCCUUCAACAGCUACUCACGGGAGCCCGAGUUUGCACUGCCCUGCAUGGUGGACACGCUACCCCACCUGGACUGGAACCACGACCUGCUGCCCCUCUCCCUCAUCCCAGUGCCUCUGAGCAGCCCUGAGCAGCUGCUGUCAGACUGGGCUUCUGCAUACAUUCUCCCGCAGCCCAGACACGCUCCUCCUGUGGAUCCUGAGAUCCUCCGCACUAUGAAGACAGUUGGGUUUAUCGGCUAUGCUCCCAAUCCCAGGAACAGACUGCGAAAUCAGGUGCCAUACAAGACCAAGGAGGCAGAGAAUGAGUAUGACAGCUAUAACCAGGUUCCAGAGUCUCCCAUUGGGAGGGAGGAAGAACCACACCUCUACAUGGUGCCCAAGAAAUACAGAAAGGUCACGAUUAAAUACUCCAAGCUGGGUCUUGAAGACUUUGAUUUCAAGCAUUACAACAAAACCCUGUUUGCAGGAUUGGAGCCCCACAUCCCCAAUGCCUACUGUAACUGCAUGAUCCAGGUGCUGUAUUUCCUGGAGCCAAUCCGAUGCCUGGUACAGAAUCACCUGUGUCAGAAAGAGUUCUGUCUGGCCUGUGAGCUGGGGUUCCUGUUUCAUAUGCUAGACCUGUCAAGAGGGGACCCCUGCCAGGCCAGCAACUUCCUGCGAGCGUUCCGUACAAUCCCAGAAGCCUCUGCGCUGGGGCUGAUCCUUGCCGACUCGGACGAGCAGACAGGCAAGGUAAACCUGGGCCGUCUGAUCCAGAGCUGGAAUCGAUUCAUCCUGACCCACCUGCACCAGGAGACCCAGGAGCAAGAGGGGCCGCAAGCCUACCGUGGAGUCAGCAACAGUGCUUUUGGCUCUUCUGGGGAGUCUGUGAUCGGUCGUCUGUUUGGCUGCGAGGUUGAGAACAGCAGCACCUGUCGCUGUGGGAAGGAGACGGUGCGUUCCUCCUUGACUCUGCUCUUCACAAUGCACUACCCAGACCUCAGCACUGCUGACAAAAUUAUAAAGGAGUAUGAUUUUUCUGAAAUCCUAAAGAGAAGUAUUUGCCUGGAGCAGAACACACAGGCGUGGUGUGAAAACUGUGAAAAAUACCAGCCCACGGUCCAAACCCGCAACAUCCGCUGCCUGCCUGACGUUCUGGUCAUUAACUGUGAGGUGAACAGCACAAAGGAGGCGGAGUUCUGGGAGGCCCAAGCCCAGUAUGCCUUCAAAAAGGCCAUAAAGAAGGAAGAGAUGGAACCGCCUAAACCGAGAGAACCCAACCCCCCUGAGUGGGAGGAGCUGUGCACUGCGGAGGGGCUGAGCCUCUACACUUCUGUAGAAGAGCUGAGGCAUGUUUGGAUCCCACUGUCGCUGAAAAUGACCAUGAACAAGAAUAAAGAGCUGGAGGUGACAAGCUGGAACGAAGGGGAGGAGCUGAGCUCCUCUGAAGAAGCACAGGGCGCUGUGGUGUAUGAUCUCGUGGUCACGGUGCCUCACGUCCUAGACCCUAGAACUGGUGGAAACCUCGUGGCACACAUCAAAGUGGGAGAGACCUACCACCAGAGGAAAGAGGGAGUGACUCACCAGCAAUGGUAUCUAUUCAACGACUUUCUCAUCGAACCCAUCGACAAGUGUGAAGCAGCACAGUUUGACCUGAGCUGGAAGGUCCCUGCUAUUUUGUACUACACAAAGAGGAACUGCCACUCCAAAUAUGACCUGCGAAUAAAGAACCCAAUCGAAGCCAGUGUGCUCUUAGCUGAAGCCUCUCUAGCCAGGAAGCAGCGGAAGAGCCACGCCACCUUCAUCCCUCUGAUGCUGAGCGAGAUGCCCCAGGCAGGGGACCUUGUGGGGCUGGAUGCUGAGUUUGUGACACUGAAUCAGGAGGAGGCGGAGCUACGCAGUGACGGCACCAAGUCGACCAUCAAGCCAAGCCAGAUGUCUGUGGCCAGGAUUACCUGUGUACGAGGACAGGGGCCCAACGAGGGGGUUCCCUUCAUCGACGACUACAUCUCUACACAGGAGCAGGUUGUGGAUUACCUAACUCAGUACUCGGGGAUCAAACCGGGAGACCUGGAUGCCAAGAUCUCCUCCAAACACCUCACCACCCUCAAAUCCACCUACCUCAAACUGCGCUUCCUCAUCGACGUGGGCGUCAAGUUCGUAGGUCACGGGCUGCAGAAGGAUUUCCGAGUCAUCAACCUGCUGGUGUUAAAGGACCAGGUGAUUGACACGGUGUACCUGUUCCACAUGCCCCGGAAGAGAAUGAUCUCCCUGCGCUUCCUUGCCUGGUACUUCCUGGAUCUGAAGAUUCAGAGCGAGACUCACGACAGCACUGAGGAUGCGCGCACAGCUCUGCAGCUCUACAGGAAAUACCUGAUGCUGAGCAGCAAGGGCAGCAGGCCGGAGGAGUUCCGCAAGGUGCUGAAAGGGCUGUACGAGAAAGGAAGGAAGAUCGACUGGAAGGUACCGGACUGCGAGGGGGCAGAGAACCAGAACAGCCCCAAGAAUACUGCUGUGUUCCCCUCUGUGAUGGGAAUGUGAGACCUGAAACUAGCAGGGGGACAUUCCAGAAACUGAGAGAACUGGACAUUUUAAAAUGGAUUUAUUCACCCAGAAACACGACAAAGAGCAUUGCUGUGACCCAACAGUUUACCAUUUGUAAUUCCCUUCCAUUAAAACCACACAGAGCAGUGUGCAUUGUCAUCAUAAACUCCCUACUCACUGCAGUGUUCUGCUCUUUAGAAUAGACCCUGUAUUUUGGCUGGUUUGAAUACCUCUGUGUCACGCUGACGCAUACAGGUAUACAGAAGCUAAACCAAAGACCUGGCCUGUAGCAGAACUGCAACAAGCAAUUCUCCACCAGAUGCAUUUGUAUUGUAAGUAUUGAGUUGAUAACAGUGUUACACUGGAAGCUGCUAAAAUAAUACGUCUUACUGCCGUUUUCAAAGAAGCACAUGCAGUUUCAUUGUAAGAGAAAUCAGUUUGCAUGCCUCACUGAGAGCUAGUCUGUACACUUGCAUUUCCCAGGGUCCUCCCUGUCAUUCUUUCCAAGACAUGCAAAGUGGAGUUUUUAAAUAAAACAAACAUGUUUGCUUCUUUCAGAACUGCACAAGAUCUCCAUAGCAAAUGGAAGUGCAUGGUAAGAUUGAAUUAUUUUAAUAGUCGGAACCCCUUCAAAUAUAUUUUCCAUGCUGUAGAUUAGUACCGGUGUACCAGCAAGUGUUAUUCCGUCUUUUGCAUUUUACUUGUGUGGCAAACAGUGACUCUGCUCUAGCAGUAGGUGUCCCAGUUGCUUCAUGUAGGUAAUUUAUUCAGGAAAUGUAAUUCUGCUGAGCACUCAAUGGACAGCAGUAUUAGCCGGCGCUGUCAGUGUCGGCCUAUCCAUGCAGCACAGAGGCUCUGCUUUUGGGGAAAGGGUGUAUAUUCUUAGACAAGACGUGUAUAUAGGGGCCUGUUUGCACUCACUAACCAGAAAAGUACAAACAAAUUGUGAAUAUGAUUUUUUUGUGAAAAUAUGUUGUUUAACUCUUUGUAAUAUGUGCGACAAAAUAAAAAUAAAUGAGUUUGUUAUGUG